GUUUUUAAUUUCGACGUGAGCGGACGUGUCGUCGCGUAUUUUCAAUUUUGAAUAAGAAGAAGCAAAGUUAAACAAAUUGUAAUAUUGCUAAUGAAACAAAAAUUGCAUUAGUAAACAGAAAUCGAUUGCGUACAAAAGACAAUAAAAUUGCAAAUACCAAAAUUAUUUGGGCUUCGGAUACUUAACUACCCAUCAAUAUAAAGAAACAAGCCGUUUAAUUGAAACAGCUUCACCAUGCGGUUUGAGCCGUUGGGCCAAAAGAUGUUCACCCGUCGGAAUUGGCUGCUGCGAUGCAGCAUCCUCAUCAAUAUCGCAGUGAUCCUUUACAUAGGCAGCCAACUAAUGAUUGGCGGCGGCAAUAAUUUCAGCAAUGGCGCUGGAUUCGUACUCCAGGACCAACAACAGCCCAUUGUGGCGGCAUAUCAAGUGGCCUCCGCAUCGGCGGCGUCGUCCUCCUCACAGCCCACGCCCAAGAAUUUGAAUCCCGUUGAAAUCUUUGAAUCGGAGGACAAAUUGUCGGCACAGGCAGCUGCAGGUAAUGGCAAUGUCGAAGCUUCAGGAGCAGUUGCUGCUGCCAAUUCGGAUGCAGGAGCUCCACUGGCGGAACCUGUGCCGCCGCCCUUGGCCAAUGACAGCGGCGGCAAUGAACCCGGCCAAGUUGUUGGCAACAUUGGUUCAUCCGGUGUGGCAGUCAACGAGUUGAACAACACACAAGCCGAUUCCGGCAAUUACAUUGUCACUGGCGAUGAGAAGGAACUGGAGGAACGUGUCAAAUCUCUACUCAAUUGCUACGAUCAUGACUACAAUCAGGAGACACUGCAGCGCGGUGACUUCUGGGUACUCCAGAACUAUGUUAGAGCCGAUCACGGCGAGGUCAAAUGCCACGAGACCAUCACCUAUACCACCCAUGCGGAUUACACAUUCCUCGACAAUCUAAUUCCCCUGCUGGAGCGCUGGAAUGCUCCAGUUAGCAUAGCCAUGCAUGCUCCGGGCACAGAUUUCCAACCCACCUUGGAUUCCAUACGAUAUCUGAGAGAAUGUCUGCCCGGCAGUCAUCUGGUGCGAGCCUUCACCACCUUCCACAUUUAUUUCGGCACCAAGCACAUACCCAAAGCGGUGCCCAAACCUCAGGAUGUCUUCAAAACCAUGUACAAUUGCUCCCUACCCGCACCGUAUUUCAAUAUCAGUUCGGGUCACUUGUACAAGGCGCAGAAGAAACUGCUCUACCCGGUCAAUGUGGGUCGCAAUAUUGCUCGCGAUGCGGCCUUAACCCAUUUUGUACUGGCCUCCGAUAUUGAACUCUAUCCAAAUCCGGGUUUGGUUAAGAAAUUUCUCGAAAUGAUUGCCCGCAAUGAAGCCUAUUUGCGUCGCAAGGCGCCCAGAGUAUUUCCACUGUCAAUUUUCGAGGUAGAGGAAAGUUCACCAGUGCCGCAUGAUAAAACCGAAUUGCAGGAACUUUUGCGUACUGGCAAGGCAAUACCCUUCCAUAAGCGAGUCUGUGCCAGUUGUCAUGGAGUGCCAAAGUCCAAAGAAUGGAUGGCAGCCAAUGAAACGGACGAUCUCAGUGUGUUUCAUAUAGGCAAACGAACUGGUUACUAUGUCCAUUGGGAACCCAUCUAUAUAGGCACACAUGCUGAUCCGCAUUAUGAUGAGCGGCUCAGUUGGGAGGGCAAGAGUGACAAGAUGCCACAGGGCUAUGCACUCUGUGUACUGGACUAUGAAUUCCAUAUACUGGAUAAUGCAUUUUUGGUGCAUAAACCUGGCAUCAAAGUGCUGAAAAAGGACAAUCGACGUGCCAUGUUGGCAACAAAAACGAAUCAAUUGAUUAAGAAAAUUAUCUAUCCGGAAUUAAAGAUAAUGUACGGCAUGCGUAAGGGUUGUGCGAUAUAGUAACUAAUUCUGAAAUCAAGCUGAGCUCAAACAAGAAAUCCAUUGACAUUGAGCGAGGAAAGAGAUGCGAAAAGACUACAACAACAACAAACAGAAGAAAUAACUACAUUAUUAAUAUUUGCAAUGCUUUAGAUGGAUAGAAACGAUCAAUCAAUAGUUGAAUUGAUUGAUCAAAAUAUCUUUUACUCUAUGGCAUUGAAUUGGAUAUUCGACGCACUGCAAGUGUGUAAAAUGUUUUACAAGUUAGCUAGAUACCCUACCUACUAUACAUACAUAUAUAUAUAUCGAUUAAUUAGCCCUUAGGAUUUAGCCGAUUAUGUAGUUAGAGUAUUUCGGGCCAUUUUCCAUUUUCUCGGGGCGGGAACAUUUUUUGUAGACGCAAAGCCUUUCUUGGAGCACGGCUUAAGUACGUUAAACGUAGUUAGUUUGUUCAGUUUGUUUUUUCCACUUGAGUUAUGAGGUUUGACUUAAAUGAGCGAAAAUGGUAGACCACUAAUUAGCAAUUUACAUAGACCACAAAAAAAUAUUUCGAAAAGCAAUAACUAAAAUAUCAAUAUGCCAAUUAAACGUCAUAUCUAAAACGUUUUUAAAAACGUUUAGAAAUAUGUUUUCGAAUUCUUGACAAUUCUAGUUUAAACUAAUUUCAUUCAAGUUCAUUUCGUUUCAUUUCCAAAACUUGUUUCCCUUAUGUUCUUUGAGUUCCUUUUCGCGUUGUUUAAGUUAUAUUGUAUAUUGAAUUUUAAUUUAAACUCAUAACUUGGCAGUCAUUAGAGGAUAUUAACUAUGUUUAAUUUUAAGGCAUUAACUUAUAAGUUUAGUUUUUCUUAUUAUUAUUAUUAGAUAGCUGAAUUUUUGCAUAAAAGUUUUCAUUCUCAGAAACACAUUCAUAUUCAAGAAAACAAGAACAACAACAACAAAAAAAAGUUGAGCUUCUCUACUUACAACUAUUGUAAUUGUAUCCUUGUUAAAUACUCAAAAAAACAAAAAAAAAAAGAAAGAUAAAACCAUAGAAAACAGAACCAUUGUCUAACCAUUUAAUAUUCCUGAUAAUUAUAGUUAGUCUCUUUACCGAUUUCUGUUUGGGGCAACGACCAAAAUGUAGCUUAGAGCAUCGAAUCGGCCAUAGAACUACUUGAAAGUUGAAGAUUUCAAAAAAUUAGUAUAGACUAAAUCAAUUGCAAAAUGAAAUUAACAAAUUAGUGUGUUAAAUGAAACAAAUACUAUAGAAAAACCAGGAGAUUUGAAAAGUUUGCUAUGCAUUAAACCCCAAAUGAAAAUCGUAUCCUCAGAAAAAAUAUGUAAAACAAGUAAAAAUGAAAAACAACGUGAU